AUGUGGCAUCAAGGUGAAGCCCCGCAAGAUUUCAAAGACGCAACCAUCGUGCAUCUCUACAAGCGCAAAGGGAAUCGCCAAGUCUGCGACAAUCACCGCGGCAUUUACCUGCUAAACAUCGCCGAGAAAAUCUUCGCCCACAUUCUUCUCAACCGCCUCAAUAACCAUCUGGAACAGGGCCUUCUGCAGGAAAGCCAAUGCGGCUUCCGUCGUCAUCUUGGGACCACGGAUAUGAUCUUCGCCGCCCGUCAACAUCAGGAGAAGUGUCAGGAGAUGCGGACCCACCUGUACUCUACAUUCGUGGACCUGACGAAAGCCUACGACACGGUGAAUCGUGAAGGACUGUGGAAGAUCAUGCAGAAAUUCGGCUGUCCGGAACGAUUCACUCAGAUGGUGCGUCAGCUGCACGACGGUAUGAUUGCGCGAGUCACGGACAACGGAGCUGUCUCAGAGGCAUUCGCAGUGACCAAUGGAGUGAAGCAGGGCUGCGUACUGGCGCCUACCCUCUUCAGUCUUUUGUUCUCUGCCAUGCUGAUGGACGCCUACCGCGACGAACGCCCCGGGAUCCGCAUCGCUUACAGGACGGACGGUCACUUCCUGAAUCAACGGCGGAUGCACUUCCAAUCGCGCGUCUCCCAAACCACCGUUCACGAACUCCUCUUCGCCGACGACUGCGCCCAAAACACCACCUCGGAAGAGGAGAUGCAACGGAGCAUGGACCUGUUCUCCGCCGCCUGCUAG